UAGGGGGAUAAUGAAGGGUAGGCUAUCAAAAAUAGGAAGUUAUGCGAUUGCUUCCUCAAUUGCCGACCCAUCUUCGAUUUCUUGUACCACCUUCAAUAUUCUCGCCCCCAUUUACAACAGACUCGAUAAAGAUGACCAGAGCUGCCGAGAAAGUGAUUUCAGAGCAUAUUGGCUGAACAGGAACCAAAGAAUAUUGGAUUGGUUGUUGUGCGAACGAUCUUCAAUUAUUUGUCUUCAGGAGUUUUGGGUUGGAAACGAAGAGCUUGUUAACAUGUAUGAAAGGAGACUUGGGGAUGCUGGUUAUAUCAAUUUCAAGCUCGCACGCACCAACAACCGCGGCGAUGGUCUGCUGACUUCCGUGCAUAAAGACUACUUUAGAGUUUUAAACCAUCGAGAGUUGCUAUUCAAUGAUAUUGGAGACCGCGUUGCCCAGCUAUUACAUGUUGAUUUGGUUGCACCCUUUUCACAAUGUCAAAGCAACAAUGUUCGACAAGAAAUCCUCAUUGUGAAUACCCACCUAUUAUUUCCACAUGAUUCAACUUUGUGCAUUAUACGAUUGGAUCAGGUCUACAAAAUCUUGCAGUAUGUGGAAUCUUAUCAGAAAGAAAAGAAGCUUAAUCCUUUGCCCAUCAUACUAUGCGGUGAUUGGAAUGGGAGCAAGCGAGGCCAUGUUUACAAGUUCCUUAGAUCUCAAGGAUUUGUUUCAUCGUACGAUACAGCCCAUCAGUACGCUGAUGCAGAUGCACAGAAGUGGAUUAGCCACCGUAAUCAUCGGGGGAAUAUAUGUGGUGUAGAUUUCAUAUGGCUUCUUAAUCCUAAUAGAUAUCGGAAACUACUAAAAACAAGUUGGAGCAAAGCAGUAUUUGGCAUGUUCAAGUAUCUACUUCGGCGAGCCUCCCUGACAGAGCAUGAUGCAUUUGCCUUUCUGAAGGCUGAUAGCAAUGGUGAUUACAUUACUUAUGCUGGUUUCUGUGAAGCACUACGACAGCUUAAUUUGAUUGGCCAUUCCCAUGGACUUAGUGUUGAAGGGGCACACGACUUGUGGGUGCAAGCAGACAUUGAUGGAAACGGUGUGAUUGAUUAUAAAAAAUUUCAGCAGCGAAUUUGGAAUCCAACUUGGUCAGACCAAAGAGACGAAAUAAGUAAUGAGGUCUGGGAAGAUAAUGUUGUGGACAACAACAUGGGACAAGCCAUAGGUUUCAGUGUGAAGAAUGCAGUUCUCUUCCCCACUGAAGUAGAGAAAGGAACGUGGCCCGAAGACUUUUCUCUUUCAGAUCAUGCCCGACUCACUGUGGUGUUCUCACCCGUAAGAAUGCCUUGUCCUUCACUCGUAUCCUGACGAACCUUGUUGUACACCCUAGAUGUCUGGUGCACACCAUUUUUCGAUGAAAGAAUGGAAAGAGAAAGUUCGAGGGAUGGGUUGAUGAAUAUCGGGCUUGAUAUGGGCCAUUGGGCCAGGCUUGGGAAUAUCAUUCUCUCGUACUUUUUGCAAGCAUCAGUCCUGAUAAACUUUGCGAUAGGGAGCAGAUUGCAUAUUUCGCCACUACUUGUUUAGGAUACGCUGCCUUGGUUAAAUCCUCUGUUGGUUGCUUUAAGCGAUGGAAAGGUUAGCAUUUCUGCUGUGAAAAGUAUAGAAAAUAGCAAUAACAGACAUACUUCCUGCCACCCCUUUGGGUGCUCAGCUCGGUUGUAGCUUUGUUUGGAGCAUGGGCUUUGGGGGAAGGGGGGGACCUGGCCUAAUGAUCUGGACUUAGGUAGAAACUUUUCAAAACAGAAAAAACAAAAACAAAAACAAAAAAUAUUUUGUAUAUGCAUUGUGGAAAUAACCUUGUGGGUUGGUAUAACAGUCAUCUUUUUAAAGUAAGGGGGUAAAUAUUGUAUACUUUGUAUAGAUUCUUGUAUUUUGACUGCUUGAAGGAGUAAUCCAGCAGUAGCAUACUAGCAUUCUGUUAAAAGUGUUUGAUUUUCCUCUAGGACAAUUGAUUUCAUGUUCCAAUUGAAGCUAAAACCAACUGAAUUUUACAUGGGGGGUUGUGAACAUUAGUUCAAUCCGAUGUUUCUAAUCUGAUAUUGUACUUUGUA